AUGCAAAGUCCGGAUCGCACGGAACAUGAUGCCAAGGACCAUGUCUCCCUCCGAGACGACCGUUGCCCUACCAUCGCUGAACACGCAACACAGUGCAACUCUCUCUUUCAUAAAUGCAUGCUGAUGUCAGGAAUCGUGCCCUGGCCUUUCGUCAUCAAUGACCAGCGGGCACGCUUUUUAGUUUGGGUAGGAGACCUGGAUGUUCAUGGACCGCCAAAUGCUUCGUUGGACUACAAACUCCGAUUCAGUCCCAACAUGGUGGAGCGUAUACAUGGCCACCUGAAGGCUAUUUGUUAUGGCUUGACAUUAUUAGAGCCAAUUAACGACCGGCCACAAGGCCCGGCAAGGAAAAGAAGACGCAUAUCAGAACACGGCGAUUCGCAAGCCACGAGGGGAGCCGACGACGAUGCAAGCGACUCGAACAGUGACAUGGUCCAGAAUAUGUCAAUAAUUAGGAAUGUAAUCGGCGAAGAAGUGACACGGCUCCUUCGUCUAUCUCGUAGUAUUCGAAAUUCGGCAGAAGCCGGCCGGGCUCUUGAAAUGGACAGAUACACAGAUGAUGAAGAUGCAUUAAACACCAUGACCGAGUUGUGUCACUACACGGAAUGCUACAUUCGUCUUCGAUUUCCAAGGGCUCCGGAUUUGCUUCGCUCAGCAUUAGUCGAGGCUAGUGCGUGGCGACUUGGACGACUGCUUCAUCGACAACGCCAUCCAAGGCGUAUCGACUUGACUGUUGAGAAUCCACAAACUACCCCAACUGAUGCUCAACCAGCCGAGACAGAAGAGAGUGCUCCAGGCGUGCCACCAGAGCGUGCGACCAUCAACGAAACAUCAAGACCAGCGAGCGCUCCGCCAGUGCUAGUAACGAAUGAAACUGUUGCCAGAGCUUCAUCCGCCGAACCCGCCGCCGAGGUUCCUCGAGCUUCAUCUACCAUCUUCGACAAGAUCUCGGCGUUUCCUCCAAAACCUCCGACAAACGAGUGUCCAUACUGCGGCGUCGUCAUCGAGUUUGAGACAACUGCGGAGUGGCACAAUCAUGUCAUGGACGACCUAGAGCCUUUCAUUUGUGUUUUCGCGCCGUGCCUAGAGGCUUGUCAACACGGAAACGGCCCGCCAAAAUUUGGAACGAUAGACGCUUGGAUCAGCCACAUGCAGGACGCCCACUCAGAUACAUGGGUAUGCCUCGUCCCUCGUCACGAUAUCACCGUGUUUCAUCGGGAGAUCGAGUAUCGGCAGCAUGUCAUCAACCAGCAUGCCGUGCCUGAAGAGCAUGUCGCGACUAUCACCAACGCAGCGCGAAGACCAAUCAUUGCUAAGAAGCUGGAGGGCUCCCCGUUUGGUGACGCUUUUCAACACCCGGAGGGAGGCCAAUCGAGUGACGUCUUCUCGAGCAAAGCUCUGGAGAUGCAUGUUGCCGCUGAUAUGUUACACGUUGCUUUACUUACACUGCAAAAACUGCCCGACGAGGCUGACGGUAACUCUGAGGAGGUCGAUGGCAACCAAACACGGCUAGGUAGAUUGGCAAGAUUGCUUCAAUUGAUUCAUCGUGUACUGGAGGACGAAGGUUAUGACUUGUAG